GUGCGGAAUUAACUGAGUCGUCAGUUGGCACCGUCUGCUUAAGAAGCGCAGUUCAGCUCCGACAUAGACAAUGUCUCUCCUAGGCUCCGUCACAUGCUUGAUGCUGCUGGCUGUCUGGAGCCUGCAGCAAGUGCAGCUCUUGCAGGCGGCUCCGGGCAUCGAGAAUGCCGCCUAUAUCAAUCAGGAUUUAUGGGCGGAGGAAUCAGCGCCWGCAGAAGCAGCAGCAGCAGUAAAGCGCCCAAGACGCUACAAUGUGGAUGGAUCGGUGCACUGCGGCAGGCAUGGCAAACAUUGGCCUGGACAUGGAUUCGGUCAGGGAUUUGCUCAUGGAUAUGAACCGGGCUAUGGCUUUGGUUAUUGGAGUGGCUUCGGAUUCGGAUAUGGUCAUGGUUAUGAUCGUGGGCAUGGUCGUGGGCGUGGAUAUGGUCAUGGCUAUGGGCAUGGGUAUGGACCCGGUCACGGUCCCAACUUUGGCUUUGGAUUUACUGGCUAUGGUAACGACGAUAAUCAUCAGGGCGAGCCGCAGUAUAAAGUUCCUUUGGCGCCUUUCAAUGAAAACCAGCAAGAGUCCGCAGAGCUCACCUCAAGCACAAGCAGUUUAGCACCGCCAACGAGCAGACAGACAACAGCGGCGCCUGCAACCACAGCAGCCACAACCACUGAGGAUUCUACUUUGGCCAUUGACUUACGCAGCGGACUUAGCUAAGUGUAUGCACUCGGA